GGGCUGGGGGGGGGGGCUGGGCGCAAUUCCGCCGCCCCCGGGAUCGCGGGCUCGGGGGCUGCGGCGGAUUCCUGCCCGAGGGCUUCGCCGAACUCCUCCGUCGAGGGCUCCGCAGGAGGGUGCCGGGCAGAGGCGCGCCUCCAGCCUGCCUUGGCCGGUCUGGAACCCAGCGGUGGGACGCGAAGCGGCCGCUGCCCUCCGGCCCCCGGGAAGAAAUCACAAUGGGGAAGCACAACAGCAAGUUGGCUCCGGAGAUGUUGGAUGACCUGGUGAGGAGCACUGAAUUUAAUGAGCAGGAGCUGAAACAAUGGUACAAGGGCUUUCUGAAAGACUGCCCCACAGGCAUCCUCAACUUGGAGGAAUUCCAGCAACUUUACAUCAAGUUUUUCCCCUACGGUGACGCAUCCAAGUUCGCCCAGCAUGCUUUCCGCACGUUUGACAAGAACGGAGACGGGACCAUUGACUUCCGGGAGUUCAUCUGCGCCCUGUCUGUCACUUCCAGGGGCAGCUUUGAGCAGAAGUUGAAUUGGGCCUUUGAGAUGUAUGACUUGGACGGCGACGGGAAGAUCACCCGCUUGGAAAUGCUGGAGAUCAUUGAGGCGAUCUACAAGAUGGUGGGUACUGUCAUUAUGAUGCGGAUGGAUCAAGAUGGGCUGACUCCCCAGCAGCGAGUCGACAAGAUCUUCACCAAGAUGGACAAGGAUAAAGAUGACCAGAUCAGCCUGGAAGAGUUCAAGGAGGCAGCCAAGAGCGACCCUUCCAUUGUCCUCCUGCUGCAGUGUGACAUGCAGAAGUAGGAGGGGGGGUGGGGGGGUGGGGGGGGGGCACUGGCCAGCCUGUCCCUUGCCCUGCUGUGUGCUGCCUUUCUUCCCCCUUGAGGGCUGCACCCCCUCUGGAGGGAGGGAGGGAGGCCUGCUGCCUUUGCCCACAGGAGUCUGCCAGGGCCUUUCCCAGCGCUUGCGCCCCCUGCCCUUCUCGGCUCGGCUGAUGACCCUCUGGCCAGGUGCCUUAGCCUUUCAGCCAGAAGAUGUCCACCUCUGUCCAUGGGGUCCGCUCCGGCUGGAGUCUCUGGCCUCUGCUUUCCUCCUUGGACAGGAGCCCUUCCCAACCCUCUGGCAGCCAACCUGGGCUGCACCAUGCGCGGCUGCUUGAAGCCGACACCCAGGUGGCUGCUGCUGUUAGGUCCAUUUUCCUCAAUCACUGGCUCUUAGGGGUAGGAAAAAAAAUCUAUGUCCCCCUCCCCCCCCCCCCGUGUCCCCCACAACAGCAGAUCUUUACAGGGACUCCGCCUGAUGGCCGGUCCGAGGCUGUGAUUCCCACUCCGUGUCCUGAGGACCCUCCCCUCCCCACCCCCACCCUAGCGAAGAAGGGAGAGGUUUCUUUCCUCUCCUUCCCCCAUCACUUCUUCACCACCAUUAAGAGCCAAUAGCAGAUGCAACCAUUUUUGGCCCCGGGGGAGCCUGGCCUUUCUUUUUGGAAAUUUUAAAAGAGCUAUAAUUCACCCACCCACCCCCCGCACCUUUAGAUUAGGUGCCUCCAAACUCGGCAACUUUAAAACUUGUGGACUUUAACUCUCAGAAUUGAAGAGUUGGCUGUGGCUUUGGCUGGCUGGGGAAUUCUGGGAGUUGAAGUCCACAAGUCUUAAAGUUGCCGAGUUUGGAAAGCUCUGCUUUAGGCCUCUCUGCCCUGGUCAAAUCUGGAUCUUUCAUCAUCCCCACCACCAGCUAGGCAAAAGGGCCUGACUGGGGACGGGGGCGCUGCAUUCCCCCCUCUCCGAAGGCCUUUGUUUGGGGUGGGCUGGCUGAGCUUCCUGCUCUCCAUCUUUGGAAAUAGAGGGACAACCCCCCCCCCCUUCAGUUGACCGUUAAAAGUAUAUUUCUGUACUUGAUGAAAAAGUACAGGUUGUUUUCAUUGCUGCUUCUGCCAAUAAUUCAUUGUAAUAAUUAAUGGGCUCUAAAAGAGGGGGGAGGAAGAGGCGCUGGCUUUUCCAAAAAGCCGGGGAAGGUGCCGAAAGCCCCUAAUUGGUGGAGAUUGCAGGAAUCCUUAGUCUGGAGGGUCCCCAGAAAGAUUAUUCUUGGGUGGCCAAGGAAAGGGCACCAGGGGGGACUCUUUCCGUGAGCCUUGCCGGGACCCGGGAAUUCUGUGGAGAAAUGCUCCGUGUGGGGACAGACGUAAAUAAGCUGCGUUUUGCUCCUUCCCACUUGCAACCUGGGAACCAGCUGAGCUCCUAAGGUGCCUAGGAGGAGGAGGUGUGUGCUUGCACAGCUGCAUGCGUGCACAUGUAUUUCCCAUGGCGGCAGGGAGCCCCUGCUGUGGUUCUGGCACUCUGGUGCCCAUCAACUUUCCAUCCCUUCUCGCCCCCCUUAGCAUUUAAGGUUUGCAACUGAGCAGAAGUGCCCCGUGAUCGACUGCCGUGAAAUUUAGGGCAGAGCGUGAAUUGGCUACUCCAGAAGGCCAAGGGGAUGGUAACCCCGCUGCCCUGAAGUGUCUGGUGAGGAUGGCUAAGAGGGAACAGUGCAGAAGCUCCAAGGGGAUGAGGAGAAUUUCAGGCCCAUCUCAGGAGGGAGGAAGGUCCCCACCCCGCGAGGCAGUGGAUGGAGCACCAGAGCAGGCAGCUGGGGGUCAUUUGCUCCCCGGCAGCUUUUGCAGGGUGGGAGGUCAAAGGCCCGGAGUUCGUGGGGUGGGUGGGUGGGGAAAACCAGCCAGGUUGAAUGAAAUGGACUUUGUCCAAGCAGAGUUCCAGUCAUUUGCACCUUUUGUGAUGGGGGUGAAUUUAAAAUGGGCGUCUUCAGUUCCUUCUUGGCAGCUCUUGGAGCGGGGCGAAAGAAACCAGGCGGGCUUGGCCUGGAGUCCCAGGAACGCUUCAUGCCGCCACAGGGCAGCCCUCAUCCGUGCCAAGGCAAUCCCUUCGGCUGCCGAGUCCUGCCCCACCCUGCCCUGAGCAUGGCUCUGGGAGAUUGUCCCAUUGCUUAUUGUGGCUGUGAGUAUUGUACUUGUUUAGGAACUGUGAGGUGCAUAGGGGAGUGUGUGUGUGUGUGUGUGUGUGUGCACACGUGUACAUCUAUUUUUAUUUAAGUGUUCAAAGGUAUCCUCAUCCUGAGGGAGUUUGCAGUUUGGUCUCUGAAUAAAAGGAUGAUCAAAGGG